AUGUCUAAAUCGAGCAAAUCAACAAAACACUCCUCAACCCGAAAGGGGAGCAGCUCCUCCAGUCAACCCAUUUAUCCAGGUUUUCUGUUUAUCACGAACAAACUCAUCAUCAAUGAGCCAGAUCGAGAUUUGUAUAGGCACCUCAUCCCACCUCGUCUACCAAGUCAAUACAGUGGUGAAAUACCAAGCAAAGUUAUGCGCUACCGUAAUGGGGAUGUUACAGAAGCCCCAGACUUUUAUUGGCUUCGAGACACAAACUCCGGACCACACGGACAACUGUUACGACUUGAUGGUCAAGGAGGCCACGUUUUGGAUCAAUCGAAUAUGAUUUACACAGGUGACGAAUACAAAACGUUUGGAGUGGUUGCUUGCAACCCAUUGCUCCCUAUAAUGGUGGCAGAGCAUGAUCCCCUCGUUUCUUCUGGGCACUGGGAUCUCUUACGCAUAUUCCAUCCGACAAACCGCCCUGGCUUGUCUCAAGUUGCUACUGACAAUAGUCGUAUGGGGGCUGGAGGUGGUCCAGUACCUUACGUUGCGGGCAGCAGUCCCAGCUGGAUGCCUGGCUUAGUGCCCAGGACAUACAGAUCGCCGCGGUCCGGUGCACCACGCUCAGCAGGCCUUGGAGGGGAGCUGCCUAUCAUUCUGGGACUCAUGGCGUUGAACGCACCACGUGAACCGGGCAAUACCUCCGUACAUAAUGUGUUUCUGGGCCACAAUCGGAUAUGGAGGCAUGGACAAUGGAUAAGCACCGAUGCGCCUCGUGGACGUGAGUGCUCGUCACUAGACCACUGA